GCAGCUGUGCUUGCCUCUGCUUUAUUUUUUCUUUUGUUCCUCUUUUUCUUUCUUGGUCCCUCUUAAGGAGCCAACAUUUUGCCUUCUUCUACUAGACUACUACUAUCACCUGGAUCUUCUCUCUGUCUCUCUCUCUCUCUCUCUUUCUUUUUUUCUCUCUCUUUUCAUAAAGAUAAGACUUUUUGUAUAAAAAAGUUUUAAGAAAAUCAGCUUUUUAAUUAUUCAACUUCUAUUUCAGUGUGAUUUUCCCCUAUUGAAAGCUGAACAAUCUUUUACAAUUCUGAAUUCCCAGAAAUUUUGUGCCUUUCACUGUUGAUUUUCAUGAUUGGGUAUUCUGGGAAAUUAGUUUUGAUUACAAAUUUUCUUUUUUUUAGCUAAUUUUAAUCCUUUUUCAGUUUUUAAGGUGCCGCCAAUAAGCUUAUAGAAUUUGGCCUUGCAACAGACACUGUCUUUGUUCUUUGGUUUGAUACAUAUUUAAGAACAAUUUUUGGUGUAAUUAUGCCUUUGACUGAGCUUGUUAGAAUGUUCAAAGGAAAAGUGGAGGUUUCCCAAGAUGGAUCAUCCAAUUCCAUUGAUCCUUCCUCUAGACCAGAUACUGAUUGUGUUGAGCUAGUUUGGGAAAAUGGUCAGAUCAUGAUGCAUGGUAAACCUAGAAAGAAUCCUAUUUCAAACAAUACUCAAACAUUUGGCUCAAAAUCUCAAGAUGGUAAAAUUGCCAAUAACUUAAAAAUAACCAAGUUUAGCCAAAUGGAUUCUACAAUGGCUGAACUCCCCAUGUGUGUUCCUUCUUGUGAAAUGAGUUUGGAUCAAGAUGUUGACUUAGUACCCUGGUUGAAUUAUCACAUGGAUGAACCUUUGCAUAAUGACUAUACUUCUGACUUCGUGAAUGAGUUAUCAGGAGUUACCAUCAAUGAUCUUCCCUCGGGAAAUCUUCUAGUAAAUCGUGAAAAGAAAACUAACGUUCAUGGUGAUGGUAGCCAUGAUACGUCGAUGACUUUGAAACACAGCCAUACGUCUAAGCCCCUGUCGAGUAUUGAGAAGGAUAAUAAAGUAGGAAGUAGUGAGGUACCCCAAUAUUUGUUGCCAAUUCAACAUAGUGUAGGUGCUCCACGAGACUCCUUGCUGAAUCCACCAUCGCUUAGUUCUUUUACGAGCUUGAGAUUGCAGAAGCUAGAUGCAGAACAGACUAGUACUAGCUCGGGUUUUACAAAUUUCCCUUACUUUUCGUGGCCUGCUGCGUUUUCUAGAGCUAGCCCGGUGACUAUAGACCGCAUUAAGAGACUAGAGAACAAUGAUAAUAGGUGCACUUUGAUGAGUAGUAACCCUGCUAAUUUUACUCGAGCUAACUUGGAUAGUGGCGGGAUAGUUUCUCGAAAACAACCCACUAUGCCAUCAGCAAAUGUGAAUUCGGAAGAUCUGUGUUCUGCUAAGGAACCUUUACACAGAGAAGAAAUCACGAAAAAUCAGAUGUCACCGAAUCAAGUAUGUGAUGAUUCAACGAAAAAAGUGGGUGCUAGUGGUGAUAAGAUUAUCGAACCAGCUGUUGCAGCGUCUUCUGUAUGUUCAGGCAAUAGUUUUGAUAGAACGUCUAAUGAACCUUCGCGUAAUUUGAAAAGAAAAUCUCGUGAAACUGCAGAAUCGUCAGGUCCUAGUGAAGAAGUUGAAGAGGAAUCAAUGGCUGCAAAGAAACCUGUUUGUGGUCGAAAUGGUUCAAAGAGAAGCCGAGCUGCAGAAGUGCAUAAUCUUUCUGAAAGGAGACGAAGGGACAGAAUUAACGAGAAGAUGCGUGCAUUACAAGAGCUUAUACCCAAUUGCAACAAGGCGGACAAAGCUUCUAUGCUUGACGAGGCUAUAGAGUAUUUAAAGAAACUCCAGCUUCAAGUUCAGAUAUUGUCAAUGGGUUCUGGGUUGUAUAUGCAGCCCAUGAUGCUGCCACCGGGAAUGCAACACAUCCAAGGAGCACAUAUGCCACAUUUCUCGCCUAUGGGGCUUGGAAUGGGCGUGGCAAUGGGCUACGGAAUGAAUAUGCUCAACAUGGGUGGUGGUGCAAAGAUGGCACCUUUUCAAGGCCUGCAUUACCCUAUUCCCGGAACUGGGCCCACAUUUCCGGGAAUGCCAGGUUCUAGCCUUCAGGCUUUCCCACAUCCCGGUCAAGGAUUGCCAAUGUCCAUGCAACAACCCCCUGUAAUUCCUCCUCGAAUGGUUCAAAGCCUGAUGCCAAUGGGACCAAAUGCCUCGGGCGUAGCUGAGACGACAAACGCACCACUUGUAACUUCAUCUAGUGGUAAAAAGGACGCUAACCCACAAGCAAUUCUUAGUAGCGUGGCUAGCAACGUCGUUAACAGCUCCUUGAAUCUCGAGAUUAAUCAGGCAUCAAAUGAGGGUAUUCAGCGGUCUGUAAUGAGCCAUAAUCAGGCUCAAGAUGUUAAUCCCUCGGAAACUGAAGUUGCCAACAGAAAAAACACGAUGCACAGCUGACCGAAUCUUACUUGUGAACGGGAAUAGAAGUAAGAACCCAACUGCAGUAACUCGUAUCUAUUUUGUUACCCCCGAUAGAGAUUAUUGACCGAGUUGAAGUUUCUGAUGUGCGUCCAUUUGUUCAUGAAUUCCAUAGAAUGCUCGAUUCAACUUCCCCGUUAAAAAGGGUUUGCUCGAUGAGACAAUAUUUCCUACGAAUGACAGGUACGACAAGUUUUUGCUCUCCAAUAACGCCGAGAUCAAUUGUAUACUAGAUUGUUCAUUUACGAAGAUGAGAUGAUCGAUCUCGUUGAAGUGCAUAUGGUGUUCAAAUGUAAAUUUCGGGUGCAAAAGGCUUUUUUUUCAAAAAAAAUUUUUUGGGAAAUACUAGUACAUGGAGAAAUUAAGUAUUUGCCAUACAUAAUAAUUCAAGGGAGUAAUGUCCCCAUGUGUUUGCUAACAUUGGUUAGUAGUUGGAACUUACAUUAGUGUAUACAUUAAGUUUGAGGAGAUACUUGCUAUCUGUAGAUGUAUGUAGUACUAUGUACAUGUACAUCUAACAUUCAGUGCAAAAUGUAAAAAAAUAAUGCAAAAAUUAGUUCAUAAUUGGUUUUUUAUGCCAUAUUUAUAAGGUUAUGUUUUGAUUAAAUCAUAAAUAGUGAUUAGAU